UGAGAUGUUGGGACAGGCGUCACUGCAGAACACAGCUGUCUGUCUGUCUACCUCCUGUGCUAUGCGGCCUGUUGACAAGCUGCCCCCAUCUGGCUGGCUUCUGUCCGGGGACAGUCCGUGGUUUUGCACGGUCAGACAGGUGAACAGCAGCAUCUGUGAGUAGGCGUCCAUUAUGAAUCCGGUUUACAGCCCUGGGCCAACAGGGGUCCCCUUUACCAAUACUAAGGGUAUAGGCUACCCAGCAGGAUUCCCUGUUGGCUACGCACCAGCAUACACUCAGAAUAUCUAUGCAGGAGCGAACGCAGCCUUCCCCAGUGGCUAUGCUCCAGGCACUCCUUUCAAAAUGUCCUGCUCUCCCAACACUGGGACUGUCCCACCAUACUCCUCCUCACCCAACCCCUACCAUGCUGCUGUUUACCCGGUCAGGAGCACCUACCCCCAACAGAACCCCUAUGCACAGGCACUAAUGCCUUCACAACAACAAGGCACUUACUACACACAGCCGCUGUAUGCUGCACCGCCACAUGUUAUCCAUCACACUACAGUGGUCCAGCCAAAUGGGAUGCCUGCAGCCAUGUAUGCCCCGCACAUGCAUCCUCAACGCCAAAACAGUGUCACCAUGGGGAUGGUAGCCGGCACUACCAUGGCCAUGUCAGCUGGAACUUUGUUGACAACUCAAUCACCAGCGCCUGUUGCCCCCCACCAAGUCACGAUGCCCACAUAUCGGCAUCCUGGCACACCCACCUACAGCUAUGUGCCCCCACAGUGGUGAAGAGAGGGACGCGACAGAAGAUGGUAGAUAUGCAUUCACACUCUACUCCAGUGUUUUUUGCUAUCGGUGAAGACCUGCCCUGCCAGUGUCUGCAACCAGUUACUCUUCCAGCAUAAUGUGAAUCUAAAACCCCAUUUGGAUAGGAGGGGGUGAAGAAUAGGCCCAUCCCCAUGACCCCUCUCAAUGGAAUAAGGCUGCAUUCCAUGUCACACCCCAGCGCCAGCCACCUCUACAACAUGCUGCAUAUCUCACAUCAAACAGCAAUGCCUCCAUGCAAAUUAUUUUGUGAACUGUCAUGCAGGUUUUUAUAGCUUAAACUCUUAAGUGGUAAAAAGGGAGUUUGGGAUAGUUUUUUUGUUGUUUCUUUUAAUUUGGGGGAUACAUAUGAUGUUAAAUGCAUGUGUAUAUAUAGAUAUAUGAAGUAAUGCUAGCGCAAUAUACCUGCUGUGACAGAUGCAAAAUCAACAAAAGGCACACAUCCAAAGGAACUUAAAAAAAGAAAGGAAAAAAAAAAAAGUAAUAAUCUGCAAUGCUGAAUCACCAGUGACCAUGUCUGACAUGUGAAAGAAGAAAAGACAAGAAAUGUUUAUUCAUGCAAAAACAUACCUGCACAAACAAGUGCAGACCAAACUGUACUGUUUUUCACUGCUUUGUGUUUUGGUAGGUGGAGCUAGGUUUUUAUUUCUCUCAGUGAUGCAGUGUAUGCAUUUUGUCUUACCAUUUUUGUAUUUUAGGAAAGAUGGGACUUUGAGUUUGUGCCUCUGACUGAUGGCCAUUCCAACACGUAAUCACAGUGUAUUAUUUUUCCUGCUCUGUCAAACCUUU